AUCCAAACCGCCCCUCCCGAGUAGCGCUCUUUGCCUCACCCGUCCUGCUCCCCACCCCAGUCUAGCUUGGGCAGGAACUGUCCGCAGCUUCCCUGGGAACCGUGAUUGGCGGGGAGGGCGGAGCGUCGGAGAAGGAGACCCUGCUUGGAACUUCCCUGCUGCUGCUGCUGUGGCGGCUGCUGAGUGUUGAGGCGCGCUCGAUUUGCAGUUCUGAUUCAAGAAAGUGGCAGGGCAUUUGCAGCGCGGCCGUGUACUGACCGAUAAAGCAGGCAACGGGGAGCUGCGGUAGCCGGAGCAGCAAAGGAGGUGGCCACCAUGAGCACCAAGUACGAUGUGGUCGUUAUCGGGGGAGGCAUCUCAGCAUCUUACCGACUAUCCAUCCAAUGGAGAAGCCAGAAUGUAGGUUCUGCUUCAGAGGCAGGUUGCAGAGCCAUGGGAUGCAGGAGCACAUAUAGGUGGGCCCAGCAGGAACAGCUUGCUUCCUUCAUGUGGUAUGUCAGCAGCCAAGUUGUUGUUUGACUCUGGACUUAGUAUUGUGGUUUUAGAGGCUCGUGACAGAGUUGGAGGACGGACUUUCACUAUUAGGAAUAAGCAAGUGGGCUAUGUAGAUGUUGGCGGAGCCUACAUAGGACCUACUCAGAAUCGAGUUCUACGGCUGGCUAAAGAACUUGGCAUAGAGACAUACAAAGUGAAUGUCACAGAGAGAAAUAUCAUGCAUAUAAAUGGAAAAUCCUACCCAUUCCAUGGUGCCUUUCCUCAAGUAUGGAAUCCUUUUGUAUAUCUUGAUUUUAACAAUUUUUGGAGGACUAUGGAUGAACUGGGAAAAGAGAUCCCUGCUGAAGCACCCUGGGAUGCCCCACAUGCUGCAGAAUGGGACAAAAUUACAAUGAAGCAGUUCAUUGAAAAACAUUGCUGGACAAAAGCUGCCAGGGAGUUUGCUACACUCUUUGUAAACGUCAAUGUCACUUCUGAAACACACGAGGUCUCUGCUCUCUGGUUCCUGUGGUAUGUGAAGCUGUGUGGGGGAACAACUAGGAUAUUUUCUGUAACCAAUGGAGGGCAGGAGAGAAAGUUUGUCGGGGGUUCUGGACAGAUUACGGAGAAGAUAAUGGAGCAACUCAAAGGCAAAGUUAAGCUGGAGAGACCUGUAAUCCGUGUUGAUCAGUCAGGUGAUAAUGUCAUUGUGGAGACACUGAACCAUGAGAUAUAUGAGGGCAGGUAUGUGAUUAGUGCCAUUCCCCCAGUCUUAACCACAAAGAUCCAUUUCAAGCCAGACUUGCCAACAAAAAGAAACCAGUUAAUCCACCGCCUUCCCAUGGGUUGUGUUAUCAAAUGCAUGAUGUACUACAAAGAAGCCUUCUGGAAGAAGAUGGGUUUCUGUGGCAGCAUGUUUAUUGAGGAUGAAGAAGCUCCAAUUUCAGUUACUUUAGAUGAUACUAAACCGGACGGUUCUGUACCUGCCAUCAUGGGCUUUAUUCUCACAAGAAAGGCCUUUAAAAUAGCAGAGGUUAGCAAAGAGGAGAGGAAAAGAAAAAUCUGUGAACUAUAUGCAAAGGUAUUGGGCACAGAAGAUGCUUUACAUCCGGUGCAUUAUGAAGAAAAGAACUGGAGUGCUGAACAGUAUUCUGGUGGCUGCUACACAGCUUAUUUUCCACCAGGAAUUAUAUCCCAAUAUGGAAGGGUAAUUCGGCAGCCAGCUGGCAGGAUCUAUUUUGCGGGCACUGAGACGGCUACCCAAUGGAGUGGCUACAUGGAAGGGGCAGUGCAGGCUGGAGAGAGAGCAGCCAGAGAGAUAUUGUGCAACAUGGGGAAAAUUUCGAAGAAUGAAAUUUGGGUCACGGAACCAGAAUCAAAGGAUGUCCCUGCUCUGCCAAUCAUGACUACAUUUUGGGAGAGAAAUUUACCAUCUGUUCCAGGACUGCUGAGAUUUAUUGGAUGUUCUGCUCUCUUCACCUCAGCUGGACUCUUUGCCUAUAAAAAGGGACUCAUUUCAAAAGUGUUUAUGUUCCCUUGAUGCUGUAGUGUUCUUAAAGAAAAGUCUUUCAGACACAAUUUGGGACAGCCAAGUCAGCACAUCCAAACCACUUAAAUCAGUGUCCCUGUAUAGCCCAAAAUCAAACUGUAGUGGAGUAAAUGAAGGUUCUGUUUUCUUUCCUCAUUGACCCUGCUUGAUUCAUAGAAUAAAGUCAUCUAAUGACAGCAAACGAGAACGGACACUUUCCAAAUUUCUCAAAGCCUUUGGAAACUUCCACUUGUCUUAAUUUUUAUUGUGAACAAAUAAAUGCUAAAAGCUUGCUCUAGUGGCUUAUUAAAUGAGAUGUUUAUGCUCUCAGGUGCCUACUGUACUUAAUAUUCUGUGCUGUUAAAAUAGCAAAACCUGUAAAUGUACUUUUGGCUAUUAUGUAUGAAACUCAGCAUUGAGAUGAAGAAAAAUAACUCAUGUUAAUCGCAAAAUCAAACUAAUAAAGAGAGGAAAAAUGAAUAACCUCUAGGGUCAAGUCAAUAAACAAGGGGUGGGGGGAUAGGGUGUGUCUUAGUAAUUUUGCACUUUCGGCAUUACGAAAGAUGUUGAGUCCCUCAUUCUCUUCUAACAUAUUUGAUACCAUUUUGCCAUUAAAAAAGAAUUAGAAAGCUACAAAGCACUUAGCUUGUACUAGAAAUUAAGGAAGAAAAGAGUGAUUGUCAUGUACAAGUUAAACAAUAUUUGUCCUUUGAACACAACUGAAGGACAAGAAAUCAGCUGAAUGAGAAUGAGUGCACUCUCUAUAAAUGCCCUUCACCUAAGUCCACAAACAUGAUAAAUGGUACCUUCUCCCCCCCCCCGAUAAUCAGAAGUUUUCUAGAACCAUUCAGUUUGCCGUAUAAAACUAUAUACAUUUCCUAAAUGAGCCAGACUGAAACACAUUGGAUUUUCCACUGGGAUAGUCAGGCUGGAGCAAUCCAUGUUUACCCAGAGAGAAAAAUCUGUUCUGUUUGUCUUACCACCUUGCUCACUAUAAUUUGGUUAUUUAUGUAUAUUCACAGGGAACUACCCACUCCACCUGCAUAUUGCAAACAUGGUGAUAUAAUAUGCACUGUGACAGAGCCAGAAUGCUCUGUGUUGGGGCUGCAGUAUAAACAGAAGGUAACCCUGACGUUAGAGAGAACCGACAGUGUUGUAAACAGUGUUGCUGUUUCUCCUGUUGCUACAAAUGGAGGGGAAACAGUGGAAAAGCUGAUUGACUGGUUCUCUCCAGCAUCGGUGCUACUUUCCGCUUCCACUACAGCCCAACAGGGGAAGUGUAAAAGCACUUUCCAAAGAAUUGCUCCUCACAUACAACUGUCACAGAGGAGUCUGCUUUCUGACUUCUAGCUUUGCUAGUUUUGAUAGCUUUGCCAACUGCCAUGUCAAAAACAAUGUCUGGCAACUUGUGCAGUGUUAUAUCUCCAUGAUCUGAGCUGUCAGUGACUGACCAGGAGAGGGAUCUUGGGGUUGUGGUGGACAGCUCGUUGAAAGUGUCAACUCAAUGUGCGGCAGCUGUAAAAAAUGCCAAUUCCAUGCUAGGGAUCAUUAGGAAGGGGAUUGAAAAUAAAACGGCUAAUAUUAUAAUGCCCUUAUACCAAACUAUGGUGCAGCCACACCUGGAGUACUGUGUACAAUUCUGGUCAUCACAUCUUAAAAAGGACACUGUAGAACUGGGAAAGGUACAGAAGGGGGCAACCAAGAUGAUCAGGAGCCUAGAGCACCUUUCUUAUGAGGCAAGGCUACAACACCUGGGGCUAUUUAGUUUAGAAAAAAGAUGACUGCGGGGAGACACGGUAGAGGUCUGUAAAAUCAUGCAUGGUGUGGAGAAAGUGGAUGGAGAGAAAUCCUUCUCCCUCUCCCAUAACACUAGAACCAGGGGUCAUCCCAUGAAAUUGAUUGCCAGGGAAUCUAGGACUAGCAAACAGAAGUACUUUUUCACACAAUGCAUAAUCAACUUGUGGAAUUCUCUGCCACGAGAUGUGGUAACAGCCAACAACCUGGAUGGCUUUAAGAGGGGUUUGGAUAACUUCAUGGAGGAGAGGUCUAUUGACAGCUACUAGUCGGAGGGCUGUAGGCCACCUCCAGCCUCGGGGGUGGGGUGCCUCUGGGUACCAGUUGCGGGGGAGUAACAGCAGGAGAGAGGGCAUGCCCUCAACUCCCGCCUGUGGCUUCCAACAGCAUCUGGUGGGCCACUGUGUGAAACGAGAUGCUGGACUUGAUGGGCCUUGGGCCUGAUCCAGCAGGGCUGUUCUUAUGAUGGUGUGCUGCUGCGCUUCUUUGUGCUUCAAAGGCAGCAUUAGAGUUUUAUGAAUGGGGUGCUUCCACAGAUUUCCCCAGUGUCCCAAAUGGGGAAAUGUUCAGAAUCAUGGCUUGCACAACUGUCCCAUUUGUGCAACCUGGUGCUGCCUUUGAAGCACAAAGCAUCCUGGAAGCACACUGUUACAGAGAUAUAACACUGCAUUGGAUGUUGGCCAUUAUUGAUUACAUUUUAUUCCACCCUUCUCCUUUUAUAUUCCCAAUAACCCUGUGAGGUAGAUUAGGCUGAGAGAGAGAGUGACUAGUCCAAAAUUACCUAGUAAGCUUUGUCGCUGAGUUUUGUGGUUCUCCCUAGCCUAACACUCUAGCCAUUCUACCACACGUGAUGUAACCGGAUAAUGUAAUAAAUGGUUUUCUGAAAAGGAAAUAUUUACUUUGUUUAAAGUAAUAGGUUGACACUAAACAAAUGCAACUUGGUGAUAAGGGACUCAAGAUCAGUUAAUGUUCUUGUUAACUGCUUUUGUAAGUCUGUCCUCAUUUAGCUCUGUAACUUAAAUAAAUGUGUUCUUGAUUAUCCCUUAAACUGCCAUUAAAGGAUCAAUUCAAAGGA